AAAUUAGAUGGGGGGGGUCAGGACUGGGUUAGUUUGGUGCGAGACAAUUUCUGAUGAUAUUAGGGUUGGAAUGGAUGUACGUGAGAUAUGCGAGGGAAGACGGGCGGCCAAGGAACCUCGGGAUAUCGUUGGGGUUUGUUGAAGGCAGUGGACCUCGGAUGACGGGCGUCGGAGGCUGGCGCCUAUGCGCUGGAUUUCUUGCACGAGGAACGGUAAGUGAGUCGGUGGUCAGGUUUUGCGACCUGGGAUGGAAGGCUCGAAUGCUGAACUGGUGCUUGAACUGGUGCUGAGCGAUUUUGGAAAGGGCAAGCUGCGAAGACCCGACAAUAUUACUUGGGGUCACGCUACCAAUUCCUUAUUCGAGAGCUGCAAGCAGAAUGUGGCUUCAGAUGUGAAUGUAACGUGGUAUGUAUAAUGGAAUUCCGCCAAACCGCAGGGCCGGGUCGAGGGUCGUAGAUGGGAAGUCAAAGAACAUUGCGGUGGAGACGAAAAAUGCAGGCAAAUAUGACAGUUUCUUGGAGUAGGUGGGAAGUGGCUGUUUGUGUGCAGAGCCGCCGAGAGUGGUUAUCGAUGCUCUGGGGAUGUGGGGAAUUGUUUAAUUGACAACGGUUGUUUUUGUUACUGCCGUGAAUCAGUUGCCUGGGCGUGUGACGAAAAAUUAUCUAUUUUUUACUCGCAAAUAUUGUAUUAGUCACAAGCGUGGUUGUUGUUACUACUUAAUUUUAGGUGAUUGAACGCUGAUUAAAACAUAGUUGUGAAUAUUAGAUUUAAUUUCUACCAAUCAACCCCCUUAAAUGUUAUACACCUUUUCCUUUAAAUACUCAGAAAUUCAAUAUAUUUAUGUCAAUAAAAUGUAAAAAAAAUAACAAUUUGUUGUGUAUACAAAAAGCUUCUCUUCCCAUUGGAGCAGAGCCUCAGCGUAGUACGGUGUUCCAGAAAAAACAAGGAAAGAAAACCAUUGAUGUGUACUGGCUGUCUGAUGACGGAGGUCUGACCCUGCUGCUGCCCUACCUGCUGACUCGGAGGAAGCGCUGGGCCAGAUGUAAGGUCCGCGUGUUUGUGGGGGGAGAUGCAGACAAAAGGGAAGAGCAGAGAGAAGAGAUGUUGGCACUGAUCAAGAAGUUUCGUCUUGGUUUCCAUGAUGUUGAAGUGCUUCCUGACAUCUACCAGAACCCCCAGACUGGAAGUGUUGAUCAGUUUGAGAACAUGGUGGGUCGCUUUAGACUGGAUACAAAUCAGGACUCUGAUUCUGGGCCACCAAGACAGCAGGAGGAACCGUGGAUGAUCACUGACAAAGAUUUAGAGAGGAACAAGGCCAAGUCUCUCCGUCAAAUUCGUCUAAAUGAGGUUCUGCAGGAUUACUCCAGAGAAGCUGCUCUGAUUGUAAUCACCAUGCCGGUGGGGAUAAGAGGAGUGUGUCCCAAUACUCUGUACCUGGCGUGGCUGGACUUCUUGUCACAUGAUCUGAGACCUCCAGUCCUGUUGGUCAGAGGAAACCAGGAAAAUGUCCUCACCUUCUACUGCCAAUGAAAUGUCUCCUUGAGACCAAUAAACAGAUACUGACUCACAAACUCACCAAUAUCCUGACAUCUUCAUCUUGAUUUAAACACGUCAAUGCCUUGAUGACUAUUGAUCAUCUAAUAUCUGAUUCAUGUAUCAUGUAAUUACAAUGUUCUGUCCCCUAAUUCAACAAAUGAAUGAUGACUACAUUUAGGUCCUGCACAUGUAUAUCACUGUAGGGAGUAUAUUUAAAACUA